ACCUCGCUCUGCCCUUGCCACUAACGGCUGCGAGCUGGUCCAGAGGUUCAUUGGGAUUGUUACAGCCAUGUAUCUGAAGUCUAAGCAUCCCCAGCCUCCCUCUGUCCCGGACGCGAACGCGUACUUCGCGAUGUUCGGCGGCCCUGAUGACCCUCAGCCAGCGGACUUUACGGCGCACAUCGACGCGUCCUCUGGACGGCAAAGGUCGUAUUAUGAGCUCAGGCAGCUCGUCAAAGAGGGUGCGACUGCCCUAGCAGCUCCCGAGUCUGCAGGAGGACUUGGUUUGAGCGCGGAGGCGGGACACAUGGUCGGGUUGUAUAGUCAUAAUUAUAUGGACUACAUUGCAAUGGUAAACUCGCUGGUGUACGUUGGCGUGCCAAUAUCGCUUCUAUCGGCCUAUUCCACCCCAUAUGAGCUCGCCCAUGCCUUGAGAACCUCCAAAACAACCCACAUGUUCAUUCAACCCGACUUUCUCCCAAAGGCUCUGGAAGCUGCCAAACAGCAUGGACUACCAGAAGACCGCAUAUACGUCAUGGAGGGCACCUCGGCCGGGAGGAAGAGCUUUCAAGACCUGAUAAACCAGGUCAGAGAAUGCGGCACUCCAUUGGUUGCACCCAAGGCUGUCGCGAAGAAUACGCUUGCGUAUCUUGUCUUCUCCAGUGGUACGAGUGGUCUGCCGAAGGCCGUUAUGAUAUCUCAUGGCAACAUCUGGGCUAUGAUCUUCGCUCAGAUGAUCCAAAAACAAGAGGAUGAGAAACUCACCAAUCCUCCACCACCUGAAGCUCCUCCUAUCUGGCUACUUUUCCUGCCAUUCUACCACACCUUCGGCCUGCACAUGGCUUGCUUCCGGCAAUUCUUUGUACCCAACACCUACGUCCUUGUACCGAAGUGGGACGUCCAUCUGGUGCUCAAGUCGAUCCCAAAGUACGGCGUCCAUGUGAUACCGCUCAUCCCGUCUGCAAUUCACCAAAUGGUGAACCACCCACUGUUCAAAAAGGUCGAUCUAAGCUCACUCGUGAGCGUGUCCAGCGGAGCGGCGUAUCUGCCGCCUGAGCUGACGAGGAAGUUCAUGCGCGUCAUCAAGAAUGCGAGCGUGAUGACAGAGGGGUACGGCAUGUCUGAGCAGACCCUGAGCUCUAUCCGGAAGCCUCUCCCGGGUCUUUUUGGACUGCACGCGCCUAUGGGAUGCACGGGCAUCCUCUUGCCUGGCGUCGAGGCGCGCAUCGUGCGCCCAGAUGGGUCAGAGGCAGACUUUGACCAGCCGGGCGAGCUGUGGGUGCGCGCACCAAACGUUGCGCUGGGCUACUAUGGCAAUGAGAAGGCAACGCGCGAGACGUUCGUCGACGGCUGGCUGCGCACUGGGGACACGUUCAAAGCCGACAGGAACGAGCUGCUUUACUUCGUAGACCGUGCGAAGGACACGCUGAAGGUUUCGGGGGCACAGGUCUCGCCGACCGAAGUCGAGGACACGCUAUCUGAGCACCCCGAUAGGCUCAUCACCGAUGUCUGCGUCGCGGGUGUGACAGGCGGCCGGACAAGCGACGAGAAGAAUCCGCGCGCUUGGAUUGUGCUCAGCGAGGAGGGCAAGCUCAAGGGAGAGCAGGCAACGAUUGCUGCGCUCGAUGGGUGGAUUAAGAAGAACCUGAGCAGGUACAAGUGGCUCCGUGGCGGGUUCGAGGUUGUUGACUCGAUUCCGAAGAAUCCGACGGGAAAGGUCAUGCGUCGCGUAUUGGUUGACCGGUAUGAGGCUAGGCUGGCGGGAAAGUCCAAGCUGUAGGAGUUGUUAUGAUC